UUGUGAUAAACUUAUUAAAUAGGUUUACAUGACCUCAAAUUAUACUUAGCUCGAAAACAAACGCCUGUGUGUGCAUGAUGAGUUCUGCAAAGAUCACUCGGGUGUCUAGUUCGGUGAGUAACUACUCGGACGUGGAUGAGAAGGACAUCGAGAACAUCCUCAACGAGAUAUCUGAUGACUCGUCGAGAAGCAGAGAAAGUGUUAAUAGACAGCGUCCGGGCAGUGCCAAAUAUAGAAGUAAGAAGGGAGGAGGGGGAGGCCACUGGUGGUCACAGGACAGCGAAGAAGAGUUGGGAGUGACGGGGUCUCAGUUCCUCAAAUCAUCCGCUACUUCCAAGAAGUCCAGGGGUGAUGAUGAUGAGGAGAAAGGAGAAGGCGGAGGACUGUUUGUGCCCCCAAUCAAUGCCUCAUUCAGCACCAACAAUAGCAUGAGCUCAUCACUACAUAAGCCAGUAGAGAAACAACAAUCCCCACAUGCAAUUCCAAUUCAAGUUCCAAUUGGUCAAAACUCGUACGAACUGGAAGAUGAAGAAGUGAAGCCGAUGGACAGGACUGGCGACAUUGCAACUAGUGGUGGGAUCGGACAGGAUACUCUAGAGGAGAUAGAAGACAAGGCACGCUUCUUCAAAGAACUGGAGAACACUAAUGAUAGUGUGGAUUUCAGCCAGCUCAACAAGCAAAUCCAAGGCCAAGAUACGAUGAAGUCGUUGAUUGAGAACCAAGGAAAGAUAGGAAACUUGAGUUCGGAUGGGAACAACGAAGGUUCUGACGAGUUCGGAGCUGGAGCUAAAGGUGAUGUGAUCAGCGACAUCUUAGCAGAAAUGGAAAGGUCAAAGACAAAAAGGAAAACGGAAAAGCAGGGGUCAAAAGGUCAAAGUGGAGGAGGAGGAGCAGAAAAUAAGAAACCACCCCCCGGUGGAAAUACUUUGUUAGGAAGAGUUGAGUUGGAAUCGACCGAAUCAGCUCUUCUGGGGAAGAAGUCGAUUGCAUUCUCGCAGAAUUCAAAAGACGGCUCAGAUGAGUUGGACGGACCCUCGCCUCCCAUGAGCUACAAAAACACAAUGCCAAUUUCUGCACUCACUGGAACUUCAACUCAGUUUGAAGCGAUCCAUCGUGCUUUUGAAGAUGCUCAAGAACCAGGAAUUAAACUCCAACAAACUGGAGGCUCAACUUAUGCAGACGAUGCUACCCUCCCAAAAGACCCCACGGGAGCUCUGAGGAACUCAGAUUUAGUAUCGCGUCAGAUGACCGGCGGAAGUGUGUAUUCGUCUGCAGACGUGAGAGGUUCCUCGGAAUAUUCGGAGAAAAACGCAAUGCGGUUCCUUGAUCCGAGUGACUCGAGAGGGUUCGACCUGCUACCGGCAUCAGGUGUCCCGUUGAUUACAGCAGGAGGCGAGUCAGUCGAUGACUCUAGGAGUCCUAUAUCCACUUCGAAGAGCGAUCAAAACAUAUCAUUGGACCAUCAUUAUCUGGCGCCCCCGAAGAACAGCGGUGGAGUGCCGAAAACCAGUCAGCCAUUUGUACUCAAGUCUAUCCUGAAGAACUCCACGUCCGUCGUUCAGCCCCCAGUUAGUGGGAUAUCACCGGAAAAUAUCUCAAAAUCUGCGAGCGGCAGAACAAAAGAGUCCAAGAAAACCAAGCGCACAGGUUCCAAAAGCCCUGAAAAGAAACGUAGCACGAAAGGCACUCAAGGUAAGAACGACUCCUCGGUCAUUCGUCACUCUUCGCCCAAGACACCAACUGCUUCCAAACGAGCUAACAACGCAGGUUCCCGAGGCAGGCCCGCUGCUAAGCAAGCUCCGGGCAGCAGUAGUAGCUCUCCUAAAGAGUCGCCUAAAGUAUGGAAUUAUGGUCAGAAAAGAACCAAGGAUGUUCAAAAUGAAGACAUGUAUGGAGGAUAUACCAAGGGGGCACUGGACCAGGAAUUAGACCAUUUGUCCCCAAUUCGACCGAGAAUGGGUGAAUCGAUAAGUAAAAGACAGAUAAGUGGUUCCAGGCACAGUAGCAGAAGUCCAUCUGGUGGUUCUUCAUCUUCACCUGUGAAGUACUCUGAAGUGGAGAUGAUUCUAGUCGAUCAGCUGAAGGGCGAAAUGAGAAUGAAGGAGAUCAACUGGAGGCGGAAGGAGGAGCAGUUGGUGAAGGAGUUCCAGUCACAGACAGAACAGCUCCAUCAGGACAACUUCGCCCUCAAAGCACAGCUCCAUGCAACGUUAGACGAUUUGAACAAAGGCAGAGGCUCGUCGCCCACCCGCAACUACAACCAGGCAUCUCCCUCUCCUCGAAACUUCCCUAGGGGCAAAUUAGGGACUGGUCACUUGAACGAAAGAGGGGAUCAUAACCAGGCGGUGAAGUUGCCCCAAAAUGUGACAGAGGCUCAGUGGCUGGAGUUGAAGCAACAGCUGGCAGAACAGGAAAACCUCAUAUCAGGGUACCAGAAGGAGAAUGAGAGACUGUACGAGGAGAUUAAGAGUCUCAAAUCGGAGGGGGGAGGGGGAGGGACGAGAGAAAAGAGCGCGACUGCAGCCAUGUUCAAGGAGAACCAGAAACUUCUCAAAGAAAUUGGAAACCUCAGGGAUCUGCUAGAUGACCGGGAUACCGAAUUGCGUGGUUUACAGCAGAUGAUGGCUAACAAUAACAACAAUAUGCGCAACCCAUUUUCACCCUCAUCUUCACCCACGACAGCCAAUCAUAAAGCAGAAUCAAACGUGCCAAUCAAUACUCAUAAAAGUCCUGCAGAGGUCAACUCAGGUCAAAACAAGAAAAAUUCAUCAGUUUCACCUUCAAGGCUAUCGCCCUCGCCCAAUGCGAAGUUGGCGAGGACUAGUACAACUAGUUCUCCAGUAUCAGCAUAUGUGAAUAAUAGAACAGUUGAAAAAAUGAGGCUGGAGUUGCUAGAGAAGAAAGAUUACAUCGAUAGAAUCGAAGGUCGAAUUCAGGAGUUGGAGCAUGAAGUAGCCACUGAAAAGAGCAGCCACAUGUCUCAGAAGGACAAGGAUGCAGCUAAUAUCAGGGAACUGCAGUGGCAGCUGACGCAGUUGGAGAAGAGGUGGGCCCUCAAUGCCAACAGAGACUCUGUUUCCGCCCUAAUGAGGGGAACGACGACCAAUAACUCCACGAGAAGAAGCACUUCUCCCACCAAAGGCCACCCAGUCACAGUGGGCAGCCUGCUUGAAGACAAGGUGCAUCGAUUAGAGACCGAGCUGGCGUGUAAGGAGGAGAAGGCGAGCGAGUCUGUGAAGACACUGCAUCAGAAGUAUGCUAAUGUCAAGACUCAAUACGAGUUCAAAGUGAAGAAGUUGGAAUCUGAAUUGAGCGUGGCGAGGAAUGAGUUAGCAGCUGCAACUCUGGGACCCAACCACAAGGACCUGGACAAGGACCAUGUACGGACAUCACUGGAGAUGGACGAAGGGAAGAGAGCGAGGAGCAAGUCACCUCGCAACAGUGUCUAUCUCGAACAGGAGCUGGAGGCGACACGGCAGCGGGCGAAUGAUAAAGUGGCUCAGUUGGAAGCUCAAGUGGCUGAUUUGAAGCGACAGUUGAAGAACCAGUCGACUGCAUCAAAUAAACCCAUAAAAACUAGUAAGUCAAAGUGGAGGAAAAAGGAAGCUUGA